AUGACCAAGGCAAGUAUCAGGAAACCACAAAAAGAGUGCUGCAAACAUAAUGUGCAACAGGAUGGUGCCAUUGCCCCAGGCUUCAUAACUCUCAACCAACCCCACCUUUCUUGCCUUACGGAGCAACCACAUGCUCAGUCUAAAUGGAGCAACCAUUCAAAAAAUGACUUGCUGAGGUGUCAGUGGAUCAAGUGGAGUUGCUCGCUACUAACAGGUGCUGUUUGCCUGCUGUGCAUAAAAGUGAUGGGAGCCCGGGGGAUGGUGCUGCUCAUGAGGACAGAGUCACAGGCUACAGGAGUGGACUGCAGGGCCAUGAAGUGUGUGGGUGGUGGCAUUGGGCAACCUGCUGACUGCAGUGGUGGCCUACUCUCUGAUGCUGAAGAUCUUGAGAGCACAAGCGACAGCUCAGACAAAUCUCUAGGUGGAGGAGAUGAUGGCGACUACAACUGUUCAAAUGGGGACAUCAGUGGUAAAAGGAAGAGGAAGGGCAGACUGCCUGGAGUCAGCAAGCAAAGACAAGCUGCCAAUGCCCGGGAGAGAGACAGAACACACAGUGUGAAUACAGCCUUCACUGCCCUCAGGACAUUAAUCCCCACAGAGCCUGCAGACCGCAAACUGUCCAAAAUAGAAACCCUGAGGCUGGCUUCUAGUUACAUUUCACAUCUAGCUAACAUCCUGCUGUUAGGGGAGGACUGCAUGGAUGGACAGCCAUGUCACCAGUACAGAGCCUCUGUGGCCAGCUCAGCACCCAGACCCAUCUGUACUUUCUGUCUGAGCAAUCAGAGGAAGACACACAGAGAAGGGGAGAAGCACUUGUCUAUUUAA